AUGUCUCAAUCCUCUUUAUACACGCCAUUGAAAAACGACAAAAAGACGUUCCGCGUACUCGCACUGUUCCCUGACGAAGAUCAAAAUCCAAUCAAAUGCCAACUAUCGGUGGCCUCUUUCGACAGUGAUGUAAAGUACACGGCACUCUCAUACGUAUGGGGCAAACCCGACCUCAGCCAUGAGAUCUUCAUCAACGGCCAAACCUUCCGCGUUUCAUCAAACCUACAAUCCGCACUCCACCGGAUCCGGUCCACCAUAUCAGAACCCUUCUGCAUCUGGAUCGACGCAAUAUGCAUCAACCAGGAAGAUCUUUCCGAACGCUCUCAGCAAGUCUUGAUCAUGGGGGAAAUCUACUCGAACUGUGUCAAGACCAUGAUCCACUUUGCCGGUGGCGAGGAUCACUCGGUGGCCGUCGCAGCUUUUCUAGAAUGUCUACUACAAACGAAAGUACACGAACUUCCCGGCUUUGGCUUUGCGGAAUGGGAAGUCAACGUGCCCAACACUGAAGUCCCCGGGAGCCAUCCUAUGCACAUAUUGGCUGAGGAACUCGAGUCCUGGACCGCACUGGCACACUUCUUCAUGAUGCCCUGGUGGUCACGGGUGUGGAUUAUCCAGGAGAUCGCUUUGGCGCCCGAUUCAGUAUUCCUCUGGGGCGAUUCGGAAAUAGAGUUCCCAUUUGUCUUGAACGCAGUCAUGGUUCUGUUCCCUUACAUCAAGAUGGUCCUCUCCACGCCGGAAUACAAUUUUCAAAAGGUCUUGCUAGCCUCGGAAUCUGUCGAUGGCACGGUUGGCGUCCCAGACGACGAUCGACAGCUUGCGUGGCACCAGAUCAACCACGCGCUGGGCUGGGUGUACCCUGUUAUGACGGAGGCCCUUGGAAGAAAAUUAGGCACCAAGGACUUAUCACUUUCCUACUUGAUGAAGACAUUCUGGCCGAGCCAAUCGACGGAUCCGCGCGAUAAAGUCUACGGCCUCCUCGGCUUGGUUAGCGAUCGUACAGAACCGCUUCUUCCCGACUACACGUUGCCAGAACUUGCUGUUUUCGGGCAGACAGUAGAACACUUGACGCGUCAAAGCAAGAACCUGGACCUCUUUGCCCACUGCACGGGUGUCGGUGUUUGUCAUCGGGGCGGGUUGCCAACCUGGGCCGUCGACUGGACGAGUGAAGGCGCCAAGAAACAAAAGUUACCAGGAGAAAUGUCACUUCCUCUCGCCCAUCUGGAAACAGAGGUGAGGAAACGCUUCACGACUGCGCGCGAUCCAUCCCAUCCCUACCUCUUCCGAGCUUCUGGAGACACGAUGCCAAACCCCAAAUUCUCAGACAAUUAUCGAGUACUAGAAAUCCGAGCUACCCUAAUCGACACCGUCGAGGAGAUGGGCGACCGAGCCGAGAUACCAUUCUGCGCCCCGGAGCUGUACCAGCAGUGGCUGCCUCUCGCACGAAAGGCGGCGGAGCGUGUUGACCCCACGGAAUCUGUUCCAUCAGACCCUGCCGAGUCAUGGAUCACAGCGCUUCUUACUAAAAACAGAGCUAGGCACUACGCGGCAGAUGUUUUGUACGCCGAAACGGUGUGUGCCGGCAUUUUCUCCCACGGGACUGGAGAAAACGAUGAGAAGAUGAGGUGCGCAGCAGCGACAACCUUUGGUCGGGUUAUGAUGAUUACCAGUGGGCUUCGGAUUGGGUUAGUGCCCUAUGCAACCCAGAAGGGCGAUGUUGUAUGCAUCUUGGAAGGAGGGAGAACGCCGUUCAUUUUGAGGAAAGAAGAGGAACAUUAUGUGAUGGUUGGAGAGGCAUUUAUACAUGGGGUUAUGGACGGCCAGUUCUUUGAUGGUGUCAAUAAAGAGGAAGAUCUAGUGCCCAUCUCGGUAUGGUGA